GGCGCCUUGUCAGUCGGGCCGCGGCAGGGGGCGGAGGCUGCGGCAAGAAGAGCAGCGGCGCCGGCGGUAGCAGCAGUAGCAGCAAGCAGCACAGUUGCAGCAGCGCCGGCGGUGGAGGAGCUGGAGCAGCCGCCGCCGCCGCUGCCUCCCGCUCCCUCCUCCUCCUCCUCCUUCCCCUCUCCUUCUCCCUCUCCUUUCCCCCGGCCCCAGCCCCAGCGGCGGUCGCCGCAGCCGCCACGCUGAUCCCCCUCCGGCAGCAGCAGCAGCAGCAGGACCCGCCGCAGCGCAGGACCCAAGCCGCCGUCACGCUGAAGCGCCACAGGUAGCCUCGUUCAGGACGGACCCUUCUGGCAUCUGACCAUUUUGCAGUGGAAUACCGGAAACACGCAAAUCUGGGUUUGAACCAUGAGCUCGGUAGCAGUGUUAACACCCGAGAGCUUUGCUGAGCACCGUAGCGGCCUGAGGGAUGAAGAAACACGAGGUGGUGUCCCAGAGGAUGAGGCCUACAUUCCCACUUACUUGGAAGCAUUCCCACCGCUCCCGGAAAAAGGAGCCCCCGGGGAGAAGUCCAGUGAGCUUACAGGAGUAUGGAACAAAAUCCGGCCGAUCAAAUCCUCUGUCAUCACCCAGGUGUUUCACGUCCCCCUGGAAGAGCGACGCUACAAGGACAACAGUCAGUUCGGAGAAGGAGACGAGGCCAAGGUGUGUGUGGACAUCAUGCAGAAGACGGGGGCUCACAUCGAGCUCUCCUUGGCCAAGGACCAGGGCCUGUCCAUCAUGGUGACUGGCAAGCUGGACUCCGUCAUGAAGGCUCGGAAAGAAAUAGUCGCUCGGCUUCAGACCCAGGCUUCAGCUACCGUCACUAUCCCCAAGGAGCACCAUCGCUUUGUGAUCGGCAAGAACGGCGAGAAACUGCAGGAGCUCGAGCUGAAGACGGCCACCAAGAUCAACAUCCCGCGGCCCGAGGACCCCAGCAACCAGAUCAAGAUCACUGGCACCAAAGAGGGCAUCGAGAAAGCGCGGCACGAGAUCUUGCUCAUCUCGGCCGAGCAGGAUAAGCGGGCUGUGGAGCGCCUGAGCCUGGAGAAGGCCUUCCACCCCUUCAUUGCCGGAGCCUUCAACAAAGUGGUCCAGGAGAUCAUGCAGGAAACGGGAGCCCGCAUCAACAUCCCGCCACCCAGCGUCAACAAGGAUGAGAUCAUCAUCACUGGCGAGAAGGAGCCCGUGGCCCAGGCCCUCCUGCGAAUCCGCAAGAUCUACGAGGAUAAGAAGCGCAAGACCACCACCAUCUCCGUGGAGGUGAAGAAGUCCCAGCACAAGUACAUCAUUGGCCCCAAAGGCAACACCCUACAGGAGAUCCUGGACGCCACCGGAGUCUCGGUAGAAAUGCCGCCCCUUGAGAGCAGCUCAGAAACGAUCAUUCUCCGUGGGGAGCCCGACAAGCUGGGCCCGGCUCUGACUCAGGUCUAUGCCAAGGCAAAGAGCGUGAUGGUAGCUGAAGUAAUGGCCCCAGCCUGGUUACAUCGGUUUAUAAUCGGAAAGAAAGGACAGAACAUUGGCAGGAUCACCCAGCAACUUCCCAAGGUUCACAUCGAAUUCACAGAUGGGGACGAGAAGAUCACGCUGGAGGGACCCACCGAGGAGGUGGAGCUGGCUCAAACGCAAAUCCAGGAGAUCAUUCGGGAUCUGCUCAGUCGGAUGGAUUACACCGAAGUGCUCAUUGACCAGCGUUUCCACCGUCACCUGAUAGGGAAGAACGGAGCAAACAUCAAUCGCAUCAAGGAACAGCACAAAGUCUCCGUCCGGAUCCCGCCCGACAACGAGAAGAGCAACCUGAUCCGGAUUGAGGGUGACCCGCAGGGGGUCCAGCUGGCCCGCAAGGAGCUGCUGGAGAUGGCUGCUCGCAUGGAAAACGAACGCACAAAGGACCUGAUUAUUGAACAGCGCUUUCACCGAACUAUUAUUGGGCAGAAAGGCGAGAAAAUCAAGGAGAUUCGUGACAAGUUCCCAGAGGUUAUCAUCAACUUCCCUGACCCCUCGCAGAAGAGUGACAUUGUGCAGCUGCGUGGUCCGAAGAAUGAGGUGGAGAAAUGCGCCAAGUACCUCCAGAAGGUUAUUGCAGAGCUGAUCGAAAACAGCUUCUCCAUCCCAGUUCCCAUUUUCAAGCAGUUCCACAAGAACAUUAUUGGGAAAGGAGGCGCCAACAUCAAAAAGAUUCGGGAAGAAACCAAUACCAAGAUUGACCUCCCUACAGAAAACAGCAACUCGGAAGUGAUCCUGAUCACCGGGAAGAAGGCCAACUGUGAGGGAGCUCGGGAGCGCAUCCUGGCCAUCCAGAGGGAGCUGGCAAAUAUCAAGGAAGUGGACGUGUCCAUUCCGGCCAAGCUGCACAACUCGCUGAUCGGGGCCAAGGGGCGGCUGGUGCGCUCCAUCAUGGAAGAGUGCGGCGGGGUGCACAUCCACUUCCCUUCUGAGGGCUCGGGUAGCGACAAGGUCACCAUCCGAGGGCCCAGCGAGGAGGUGGAGAAGGCGAAACGCCAGCUGCUGCAGCUCGCCGAAGAGAAGCAAAUCAACAACUACUCAGUGGAGCUGCACGCGAAGCCGGAGUAUCACAAGUUCCUGAUCGGGCGCGGCGGCGCCAACAUCCGGAAAGUGAGGGACCGCACCGGCGCCCGCAUCAUCUUCCCCACCCCCGACGACAAAGACCAGGAGCUGAUCACCAUCGUGGGGAAGGAGGACGCGGUGCGGCAGGCCCAGCACGAGCUGGAGAGCCUCAUCCGCAACCUGGAUAACGUCAUCGAGGACUCAAUGCUGGUAGAUCCCAAGUACCACCGCCACUUUGUGGCGCGCCGGGGGCAUGUGCUGCGAGAGAUCGCAGAAGAGUAUGGGGGAGUCACUGUGAGCUUUCCCCGUACCGGAGUCCAGAGUGACCGGGUGACGCUCAAGGGGGCCAAGGACUGUGUGGAGGCAGCAAAGAGGCGGAUCCUGGAAAUCAUCGGCGACCUGGAGGCCCAGGUAGUGCUGGAGUGCAUCAUCCCACAGCGCUUCCACCGUGUGGUCAUGGGAGCCAAAGGUUACAAGGUGCAGCAGAUCACUCGGGACCACGAUGUCCAGAUCAAGUUCCCGGAGCGAGAUGACAAUCCAGGUUUGGAAGCACAGUCUCAGGAAAAUGGUGACGUGAGCCCCGAGCUGGAUUCCGUCCCCCGCAAAUGUGACACCAUCUUCAUCUCGGGGCGGAAGGAGAAGUGUGAGGGGGCACGGGCAGCCCUGCUGGCUCUGGUUCCCGUCACCAUCGAUGUGGAUGUCCCCUUCGACCUCCACCGCUACAUCAUUGGGCAGAAGGGAGCCGGCAUCCGCAAGAUGAUGGAGGAAUACGAGGUGAAUAUCUCCGUGCCACAACCAGAGCAACAGUCGGACGUCAUUAAGAUCACAGGCCUGGUCCCCAACGUGGAGCGAGCCAAGGCAGGCCUCCUGCAGAGGGUGAAGGAGCUGCAAGCCGAGCAGGAAGACCGGGCCUUGCGAGGCUUCAAGCUGACGGUGAGUGUGGAGCCCAAGUACCACCCCAAGAUCAUUGGCAAGAAGGGGACGGUCAUCUCCCAGAUCCGUAAGGACCAUGAUGUCACCGUCCAGUUCCCAGACAAAGGAGAUGAGAAUCAGGACCUCAUCACAAUCACCGGGUACGAGAAGAACGCGGAGGGCGCCCGGGACGCCAUUUUGAAAAUCGUGGCCGACCUCGAGGAGAUGGUCAGCGAAGACGUGCGGUUGGAUCACCGGGUCCAUGCGCGCAUCAUCGGUGGGAGGGGCAAGGCCAUCCGCAAGCUCAUGGAGGAGUUCCGGGUGGACAUCCGCUUCCCUCAGCCUGGCUCCAGCGACCCAGACAGAGUCACAGUGACGGGGCUGCCUGAAAAUGUCGACGAUGCUAUAGACCAUCUGCUCAACCUGGAAGAGGAAUAUAUGAUGGAUGUGGUGGAGACGGAGACGAUGGCUGCGUACAUGAAGCCCCCCUCCCGCCUGGAAGAGGAGCCACGGGGCCCGGCCAAGGGCUUUGUGGUGCGCGACGCUCCCUGGAACGCCUCUGGGAACAAGGCUCCGGAUGUCAGCAGCGCCGAAGAGUUCCCCGUCUUUGGCACCGGUGUGGUCCCCAAGCAGACGUCCGUCUGGGGCCCCAAGAAGUUCUGAGACUGGGGGCGCGGCACUACCAGCCAGGCUCGGCUCCUGCCUCCCUCAGCCGUUGCAGCGGCUCCCCGGCACCAUUGGUUCGUUCUCGGGGUGCAGCGGACUCCUCCUCCUUCCUCUUCCUGCGCGUGCUCUCUCUCCCCCACCCACCCCACCCAUGACUCUGUGCAAUCCAUUAACCGAUCGAAAGCCAUAGCCUCUCUCCGUCCUCCUCCCUGUCGAGCCAAAGCAGGCCAGGUUGUAAGCACACAAACACGAACGAGCUUCGUGCGUCUAGUCUCUCCCCACCUCUCCCUCUCUCUCAUGCCAAAUUCCAGGGCAUUACUAUCUCCCAGCCCCACUUGGCUGGAGCACACACACACCCCCUUAGUAGGAGGAAUAAGCAAAGGCCCCUUCUCCCUCCUUCCUGGCGCCCGUGCUCCCGGAGCCUCUAGAGGAGCCGAGCAUUUGGGGGCUCCCAAGGUGGCCGCCGCUUGAGGAGGGCAGGCGUCUUCGGCAGCCGUCCCCUGACCCUUCCUGGCUGCUUCCCUAAGCCAGAAUCCUGACCUCCCGCCUUGGGUUGCUAGUCCAAUGAGCUCAAACAUCUCCCAGGCGAUACCAGUGAACUUGAGGGAUGUCCCACUGGCGACAGGAUCUGGGUUGUGGGGAAGCACCACAUGGAUCCAGGGAUGUAUCGGAACGAGAUUUCCGGCUUCCCGUGGCCAGAAGACAGAACCAGGUAGCACUUCGAAACUUUGGCAAUUGGCAGGCCUGUCCGCGCUCUUCCUUCUCCUCGUCCAUGGCACAGUGUAGAUUCCGCAACGUUUCUCCUCCCACCUUCAAUGACACUUCCUUUUUUACUUUCUUCCCUUCCUCGUGUCUUCCUCCAAGUUGCACUUGCUUUUGAAAUGUUAAAAAAUAUGCAACAUUGAACAAAGAGACGCUCUUUAUUUUUAUUUUAUUUUUCUUCUGUUUCCAGUCCGCAUCAGAUUCCAGAUUUGAAGGGAAAACUGUGAAUUCUGGAUUUGUGUGUGUGCGUGUGUGUGUGCGCGCGUGUGUUGGGGAUGGAAGUGAGCUUAGUCGCUCCUCGAACUCUCCAACCUGACCCCCGCCCCACCCCACCCCUUUUGCCUCGUCGGUGGGACAAGGCAACAACCACAACAAGCUGUAAUCAAGCAACUUAACCAAGUUUCUGAAAGCAGGGUUGCUGGUGCGAAAUAAAGAAUUUUCAACAACAGAAAGCAAACACUACUAUUGGCCUUAAAGAAAAAAGGAGGGAGAGGAACACAAAUUAAGUUGGACUAAGGAAAUAUGCAAACUCUGUAGGUCACGUGGUGACUGGACUUUUCUAAUUCCAAAUAAAAUGGAGUGAAAAAACCAGA